AUGUUGCGUUCACGCAAAGUCAAUACUUUCAAAAGUCUUCAAAUCCACUGCAAUAUCUUAACACUAUGUAUUGUUAUCUGUGAGGCGCAAGGCGAAAUGUAUCCAUCUAGAUGGAAGAAUUCCGAGGCUGAUAUUGACUACAGACCUGUUAACAGAAUGAUGAUAAAUGCACCACUUGAUAACGAUGGUCUUAACAAUAAGAAUAAGAAUAAUAACGACAUUCAAAGAAAAGAAACCAGAUCAGCAGAAUUCAAACCUCCAGAAAGGCCAGCAGAGUUUAAAACAAUGAAAGAACUAAACAGUUAUUUAAAGAAAUUGCGUCAUUAUUACUUCAUUGUUGGUCGUCCGAGGUAA